AUGUCGCAAUCAGCAAUUGACUAUGUCUUUAAAUGGGUGGAAGCUGUGGAGAGUCUGACUAAUGAUGCAAGAGUGGUGCUGAAAUUUGUGAAGAAGAAUAUACUUUCCAGAUUUGGUACACCAAGAGCAAUAAUCAGUGCCGGAGGUACGAAUUUUAUUAACACUUGGUUCAAAAAUCUUUUUGCUAAAUAUUGUGUUAGGCACAAGGUUGCCACUGCAUACCAUCCCCAAACUAGUGGACAGAGAAAAGAUUGGGCGGAGAAGCUAGAUGAUGCACUUUGGGCUUACCGAACAGCUUACAAGACGCCCAUUGAGACAUCUCCAUAUCGUUUGGUAUAUGGUAAAGCGUGUCAUCUUCUUGUGGAGUUGGAACACCAAGCAUAUUGGGCUGUAAGGAAGCUAAAUUUUGAGAUGAAGGUCGCGGGGAAGAAAAGGUUAUUACAACUGAAUGAGCUUGAUGAGUUUAGGCUCCAUGCCUAUGAAAAUGCCAAACUAUACAAGGAGAAGACCUAA